AUGAAAUUUGAUGAGCGAGCUGGGAAGCGAUUUUCGAUUCAAGCAAGAAAGACCGCCAAAGAGACGUCGGGCGAGUACCAGACGACGCUGCAGCAAGUGGUGCUCGCCGGCGACCUCGAAGCGGUGCGGAAGGAGCUCUCGCUUCGACCCGGCGAGCCUCUGGAGGAGAACAACAAGUCGAUUCUGCACUACGCCGUGAUGACGCGGAACACAGACAUCGUGCAGAUGCUGAUCCGCGAGUCCAGGGACAAAGGCGUUGCCCUCGACCUCAACAAAAACGACAUCAUCACCGGGUUCACGCCAUUGCACUACAGCAUAUUUAUCGAGAGCAGGCAGAUGCUGACCAUGUUGCUCGCCGAAUACAACGCUGACAUCGACGUAACCGAUGCCUUCUCUGCUACUCCGCUAGACUAUGCGCGAAUGCUGGGAAUGGUGCCACACAUGCCGUCACAUCUCAUCCCGCGUUCGAUCACGGUCUAUGACAAGGCCCACGAGAGCGUGGCCCAGUGGCCCGUCGCACAACUCGAGGAGCGACUUACGGUCACCUACUGCGCGCUCCCUGUGUGCGGACACAAGUACAUCGAAGAGCUCAUGUUUAGCGGCUUCGGGAUUGGCGAAACCGAUGUCGAGUUCAGCGUGGGAUAUGGCGUCUUUGCGGGGAAAGACUACCAGCCCGGCAGCUACAUCUGCCGUUAUGGUGGUCGCUUGAGCGCUGAAGGGACCAUCAAGAAUCGGGCGUACGCGGUCGUGUCAGGCGUGGAGGGCAUGGUGCUUGACGGCACGCACUACCGCAACCUCGGAGGCAUGAUCAACCACUCUGCGCGGUACGCCAACGCCGAGCUGCAGUGCUUCUUCGACCGGGGCGCUGAGCAGGCCGUCAUCACAGCCACCCAGUUCAUCCCCAAGGGCAAGCAGAUCCUGUUGGACUAUUCAGAGAGCUACUGGCAGGCGGAGGACGAGACGACGACAUCAACAGAGGCCGAAGCCGACGACAAGAAGCCGGCCUACCUCAUGGCCGCCGCCGGGGAUGCCCAGGUGCAGGUGGUGGAGAUGGGAGGCGACGAGCCCGGCUCCUUCCCUGCCUUCCUCCCCUCGGCCUUUGUGGUGCGACUGCUCUUGAACAUCCUGGGCGUGGGCUCGCAAGUGUUCGGGAAGGCCUUCCUCGAUGCCUGGCGACAAGCCGGCCUCAAGGCCAAGCAGACCGGGGCAGGCCUCUCGCUGGCGGAGGCGCAGAAAAUUUUGGGGCUGAGACCGCCCUACGAACUCAAGGAAGUCACCAAGCGAUACGAACAGCUGUUCAAGUCAAACGAUCCUGCCAAUGGUGGGUCCUUCUAUCUGCAGUCCAAGGUCUACAGGGCACGAGAACGACUGGAGCAGGAGUUCAAGACCAACGCGGAGUGGCAGGCCAAGGGCGGCGGCACCAACGCCGAGUGA